GUUAUACACCUGACCAUGGAAAGGUUGGCCAUUUGCUUGCUGAUGAUAAGCACAUCUCUGAAGGCCAUGAUGUGUCCCAAGAGAUGCUCGUGCCAAAACGUGUCUCCAUCUUUCACCAUCCUCUGCACCAAGACCGGCCUUCUGUUUGUGCCGCCCACCAUCGACAGGAGGACGGCAGAGCUGAGACUCAUGGACAAUUUCAUAACCACCCUUAGAAAAAAAGACUUCGCUAACAUGACGGAACUCAUUCACUUAACUCUUUCCAGGAACACCAUCAGUCAGCUCAUGCCUUACGCGUUCUACGAUCUCAAGGGCCUCCACGCCUUGCACUUGGAUAGUAACAGGUUGACUUCUAUCAACGAAGAACAUUUUAAGGGUCUUUUUAACCUCCGACAUUUGAUCUUGAGCAACAAUCAGCUACAUUACAUUGCUCCAGGAUCAUUUGAUGAUUUCAUAGACACGCUGGAAGAUCUAGACUUAUCCUAUAACAAUCUAGUGAAUAUACCCUGGGAGACCAUUGGUAGACUUUCGAGCGUCAACACGGUGGGGUUAGAUCACAACCUCAUCGAUUAUGUUCCUGAAGGGAUUUUCUCUAACCUACACAAGCUGGCUCGAUUGGACAUGACCUCCAACAAGCUGAAGAAGAUCCCCCCUGACCCUUUGUUUUCUAGAAUUCCUGUGUAUGCCAAAUCUAAAGGUUCCCCGCUGACCUCGCUGGUUCUCAGCUUUGGUGGGAACCCACUUCAUUGCAACUGUGAGCUGAUGUGGCUUAGACGUCUAACCAGAGAAGAUGACCUGGAAACUUGUGCUUCGCCUGCGGAACUGAUGGGCAAGUAUUUCUGGUCUAUAAAAGAAGAGGAGUUUGUGUGCGAAUCGCCCAUGAUAACGCAUCGAACUUCUAAGCAGGUGGUCAUGGAGGGUCAAAGUGUCUCACUGAAGUGCAAAGCCGUCGGAGAUCCCGAUCCCUACGUGCGAUGGAUUUCACCUGAUGGGAAGUUGGUCUCAAAUAGCAGUAGGACUAUUUCAUACGAUAACGGGACUCUGGAUAUCCUGACUACCCUCUACGCCGACCGUGGAAACUUCACCUGCAUUGCAUCGAAUCCCGCAGGGGAAUCGACGGCCAACAUGGAACUCAUUGUCAACCCAUUCCCUAAUCUCGCCAACAGCACGAGCUGCGAUAAGGAAGGGGAGUCAGGGCUUUCAGAUAUACUGACGCCUGCCAAGUCCAAUGAAACUAAAACUCUCCACGAUAAGAAGGUUGUGGUUGCAGAGCUGACCUCAUCUUCCGCUCUUAUCCAGUGGCCUCCCCAGAGUCACAUCCCCGGCAUAAGGAUGUACCAGAUUCAGUACAACAGCUCGUCGGACGACAUCCUUAUUUACAGAAUGAUUCCCUCGUCGAGCAAGUCGUUUUUUCUGAGCGACCUGGUGUCCUCGCGCAGCUACGAUCUCUGCGUCCUCGCCGUGUACGACGACGGGACGACGGCCUUAACCGCAACCAGGGUGAUCGGGUGCGUCCAGUUCACGACCGAGCAGGAGUACAAGCAGUGCCGGUCUCUCCACGCCCAGUUCCUUGGUGGAACCAUGAUCAUCAUCAUCGGCGGCAUCAUCGUGGCCUCUGUUUUGGUCUUUAUCUUCAUCCUGCUCAUGAAGUACAAAGUCUACAACAACCACCCCAAAGCAAAACCGGCCAAGGUGACCAACGUGUGCUCUCAGACCAACGGCAGCCAAAGCGGGACGAUGGGACGUUCCUCAUCCAAGCUCAACGAGAGGAGAGACAGCGUCCUGCAGGACAUCUCAGGAACGUCUGUUAAAGGCAGAACCAUAGUUGACCUCACCCCAGAAGGUGAAAAGCUGACUGCGUGCGACACCACCUUUAUAACAAACGACGUUCUGUCGCACUAGCAGAACACACCGCUCGCUGGGGUAAACGUACGCACCUCCGGUAAAGACGUCCACCAGGAGCCAUUGGCGGUGGCACGGUCGAAGACAUUUCAAUGCAAGAAGCCGCAUUUGCGGGUUUCACGCCUACUGUCUAUUUUUAAGAACAAAUGGUUACAACGACAAAAAAAAAAAAGCUAUUUUUUUAAUCUGUAAAAAUGGUAACUGCAUUCUUAACUAUUUUUGGUUCAAUAUUAUUAAACAUAAAGUGUGUGAUUUACAAA